GAUGGAUCCCGCCAGCGCCGUGUGCAGCCACAGAAGAAGAAGACGGUCUCCUUCAGCACCAUGCCUAGCAAUCGCAAGCUCAACAGCACAGCUGCCUGCAUCUCUUUCAUGUUGGAGGGCUGUGAGAUGAAGAAAGUGCGUUCUAACUCCCGCAUGUACAGCCGAUUCUUUGUGCUGGACCCAGACCUACGUUUCAUGCACUGGGAACCUUCCAAGAAGGACUCUGAGAAAGCCAAGAUUGAAAUCAAGUCAGUCAGGGAGGUGCGAGUUGGGAAAAAAACUCCCGUGUUGCGUUCCAACGGCCUCUCAGACCAGUUCCCAGAUGAAUGCGCGUUCUCCAUAAUCUAUGGAGAGAACUAUGAAUCUCUUGACCUGGUGGCGAGCUCUGCUGAUGUGGUGAAUGCAUGGGUGAUGGGGCUGCGAUAUUUGGCCUCAUAUGGGAAACACACUCCGGAUGAGGCUCCUGAGACUGGUUACCCAAAUCCCCGCACCUCCUGGAUCUCCUCUGUCUUUGACAUUGCAGACCUAGAAAAAGAGGGUCAGAUCCCGAUUUCUCGUGCAGUACAGCUCAUUCGUGCUCUCAACCCUGGCAUGAAGGCCUCAACAAUUGAGCUGAAGUUCAAAGAGCUCCAGAAAGCAGCCAGUGAGCGGCUUGGAGAGGAAGUGAACUGUCAAGUCUUCAUAAAGGCAUACUGUGAGCUGUGUACCAGGCCUGAGGUAUUUUUCCUCCUGGUUCAGUUUUCCAGCAAUAAAGAAUACAUGGGCCUGAGAGAUCUGAUGAGUUUCUUAGAGGCAGAGCAGGGUAUGGAAGAAGUAACAGAAGAGAUGUGCAUGGAGAUCAUUGGCAAAUAUGAGCCAUCCAAAGAGGGCCGGGAAAAGGGCUACUUGGCCAUUGAUGGCUUCACUCGCUACCUCCUUUCAGCUGAUUGUGACAUAUUUGACCCACAGCACCGGAAGGUGUGCCAGGACAUGACACAGCCACUUUCCCAUUACUUUAUUAGCUCUGCACAUGGAGCGUGCUUGGCUGAGGACAGUUGCUUCUGGGGAGGCUCCACCUCAGACAUUGGGGGUUAUGUGGCAGCCCUUAAGGCUGGUUGCCGUAGCUUGGAACUGGUGGUUUGUGAUGGUUCAUCUGGUGAGCCUGUGGUUGGUGCAGGGAGCCGUUUGGCCUUCUCCAGGGUGGUGGCUGCCGUUGCUGAACAUGCCUUUGAAUCCUCCAAGUUUCCACUUAUCCUGUGCCUCUCAGUACGCUGCUGUGUUGCCCAGCAGAGGCUUGUGGCUGAGCAUCUGAGGAAGACUUUCGGGGACAAGCUGUACCUGACACCUCCAAACCCAAAUGAAGCCUAUCUGCCCUCCCCAGAAAGACUCAAGGGAUACAUUCUCAUAAAAAGCCGGAAGCUUCUUCCAAACUGUCAGUCAAGUGAGGGAGAUGUAUCUGAUGAUGAUGAAGCCUCAGAGCUAGGCCUCCCAAUCUCUGAAGGGGACAGGGAGCAUCCCCGCUCCCAGCGCGUCUUGUGCCGUGAACUUUCAGAUCUCGUGAGCCUGUGCCAGACUGUGUCUUUCCAGAGCUUUGAGAUCUCUCGGCGGAGCCAGUGCUAUUGGGAGGUGUGCUCCUUCAGUGAGGUAGAGGCUGGGCGCUAUGCCAAUGAGGAACCAGAGGACUUUGUGGCCUACAACAAGCGCUUCCUGUCACGUGUUUACCCCAGCCCCAUGCGCAUUGAUGCUAGCAACAUGAACCCUCAGGACUUCUGGAAAUGUGGCUGCCAGAUGGUGGCCAUGAACUACCAGACACCUGGUCUCAUGAUAGAUCUGAAUGCCGGCUGGUUCCGCCAGAAUGGAGGUUGUGGCUAUGUGCUCCGCCCAGCCAUUAUGCGCGAGGAGGUGUCUUACUUCAGUGCAAACACCAGGGACACCUUACCUGGCAUUUCAGCCCAGUUAUUGCAUCUCAAAGUCAUUAGUGGUCAGAAUCUGCCCAAACCCAAAGGAUCUGGAGCCAAGGGUGAUGUGGUAGAGCCAUAUGUCUGUGUUGAGAUGCACGGCAUUCCUGCUGACUGUGCAGAAAAGCGCACCAAGACAGUGCUGCAGAGUGGGGAUAACCCUGUUUUUGAGGAGACCCUGGAGUUUCAGGUGAACCUCCCUGAGCUAGCGAUUCUCCGGUUCAUGGUGCUUGACGAUGAUUAUAUUGGGGAUGAGUUCAUUGCUCAAUAUACCAUCCCCUUUGAGUGUCUCCAGACAGGCUAUCGUCACGUGCCCCUCCAAUCUGUGGCUGGUGAGCCACUUCCUAAUGCUACUUUGUUUGUGCACGUGGCCAUCACCAACCGGCGGGGAGGAGGCAAAGCACACCGGCGGGGGCUCUCAGGGCGCAAGGGUCGACACAUGCGGGAAUACACAUCCACCAAGGCCACAGGAAUCAAGGCCAUUGACGAAGUGUUUCGCACAGCCACUCAGCCAUUGCGGGAGGCAACAGACCUGCGGGAGAACAUGCAGAAUGCAUUGGUCUCCUUCAAAGAAUUGUGUGGCCUAACGCCAGCAGCCAACAUCAAGCAAUGCAUCUUGAAGCUGGCUACAUGGCUUCAGCCCAGCGAGAAGGACAAUCCCCCAGCGGUCACCCUCAACCUGGGUGAGGAGUAUCCUUCCAUGGAGACCCAAGGACCUGUUCCUGAACUCUUGAGAAAAGUGCUUGCUGCCUAUGACACUAUGAUCCAAACAAGCCGGACGUUAAUUGAGUCAGCUGACGCUGUUCAUGCCAAAAUUAUUCAGGUGCAACAAGCAGGGAUGGGCUUUCAUAAAGAGUUGCACCGCUUGGAGGCAAAGGAAGGUCUGAAAGGACGGAAGUUGCAAAAAGCUCUGGAAAGUUUUGCCUGGAACAUUACUGUUCUCAAGGGCCAAGCUGAUCUGCUCAAGCACUCCAAGGCUGAAGCACUAGAUACACUAUGGCAGAUCCACAACGCAGCACAGUCGUGUGGCAUUGGACGGAAUGGAGCUGCCUCUCCUGACCUCUUCCGCAGUCGAGCUGUUCUUGACCCCAUCCCAGAAGCUGAAGGAGCCUGCGAGCCAGGAUCUUCCUGACUGGCAAUGGCUAAGACUGUGGGAAGCAGUAGGAUUUGUGGACACAAUGGUUGCCAUAUAGGGACUUAGACAAUGUGGCAGGUGCUUGUUUUUAAAGAGACAUGGAGUCUCCAUGUCUUCAACCCUGGGAAGGCAAAUGAGAAAAUGUCAAUCAAUUUGCAAGUAUUUAUGUGUAUAAUAACAAGUAGGGCUCCCUUGUUGCAAGAUAAACAACCACCCCAAAGAGAAAAUUUUAGGUGGCAGAAGGUAUGGCUUUUACCUGGGAAAUAUAGCCUAAGUGAAAACUCUCUUGAUCAAGCCCCACUGAAAUGAACAGAAGUUUCACUGUGCAUUUCAGCAGAGUUUCAGUAGCCGAUAGCUAACAAAAACAGAUCUCCCAGUGCUCUGGGCCAGCAAGCAAGCCCGAUCCGGAGACUUUGAAGGGAGUCUGGGAUGUAGCAACUGACCUGUUCUGGAAUUCCUUGGUUGAGUCUCCUAGCAAGAACUGGGAGGUGAUAGACUCUGGUGGUACUGCCCAAGUUGAAUUCCUAUCUGAUAUUGCUCAGAGGUUCUUGGCUGAAGAUCUAUUACAAACAUGAACCUUACUGGUUGUGAAUUGUUGUAGCUCCUGUAAUGAGUGAGAGAAGACUGCUGUUUGGAUCUUCUUGAGAUGGCGGUGUUAACAACUUCUCUUUCUCUUUCACCCCUCCCUCCCUGACGUCUUUCUCAUCUGUAGCUUUCCUUAGAGCAGUUUAGUAGCAGAAGUAUGAGUGGAUCCAAAUGAUGUUGGGCUACAUCUCCCACAAUCCAUGAACACUGGCCACAGUGGCUGAGGAUAAUGGAAAUGAAGUCGAACAAUAUCUGAGAGAUGCAAGAUAGAGAACCACUGGAUUAAAAGGAAGGUGUUUAUGUUUUCCUUGUUACCUUCCUGCAGUGCUGAAAUGAAGGGUGUGGGGUGGAUGGUGAAGAACUCUUAAGAUUUCCUAGCUGGAAUUUGGUUAUUCUUCUAACUGGAAGUUUUCAUAAAUUCUGUGGUGUCAGUUAUAGGGUUGCCAUCUCUGUUUCCUCUCAAAAAACAAAAAAAGGGGGAGGGAGUGAGGGAGCCAGACUGAAAAAAAUUAACAGUUAAUCUUCCAAAGAUUUAUGUUGAUCAUAAAUCAGUAUAAAGAUAAAAAGAUAAAACCCAAAUUUUAAACAUCAGACCACUGUUUCUUCAACUGUAUUCUCAUUGCAUUCACAACAUGUUCUGUAGGAAGCUCAAUUCAAAGAUGUUGAUGCUUAACAUUAUCUCGAGGAAUUAUCCACAACUCUUCAAAUUUAGAUUUUUUCAAGGUAUCCCUCAAAAUUUGGAAUCGUAGAGAUGAAAAUUGUGCUAUGCUCUGCCUUUGUGCAAAGCUGGGCUUUGGUUCUGUCUCUUGGUCUCUGUUUCACUUUUUUAUUUGGGGCUUGGGAAGGGGAGGCAAGGUUGCAAUCCUGCUGCUGGACCCUGCUUUUUUCCUGCCUACUUUAGAGGACUUACUCUGGAAUUGAUGGGCUGGAUUUUGUUGACAAUAAAGCCUGAGCUUCUCUUUUGGUUGUUCUGUUCCUUGUACCCUCCUUGAUGUUAGAACCUUGUACUAACCCAACAGAAUCAAACAA